UAAUCCAUUGAUGAGCAUUUCCAAAAUCAAGCAAUGUUAGCAGCUUAGAACAAUAAGACAAAUAAAAUAAACUCAGGCUUGGUUCACAUCUAGUUUGGUCUGGCAAGGUCUUGAAUUUACUUAGGCCUUUAACCUAUCUGGGAUUCUUUCUUAGACCUUGACCAGCCCAAUAAGCUUGCUUUCAGACCAAAAAAAACCAUUCAAAGAGCUCCAUUUUUGGUUGGUUCUUUAAGAACAAGAACAAAAAUGAUGGCAGGUUGGAGUAUUAAGGCUGCCUUGGUGCUGCUUUCAAUGGCUCUUCUUAUGCCAUCUCUCAGGGCUGGCAUUGCUGAAUAUGACGACUUUUUGCUGCAACAGGCUGAAGAGGCCAAACAAGCUGCUCUUAAAGCCUACCACCCUCACCCCAUGAAUGUCACCGAGCAUUUUAACCAUCAUGUUUAUUUGGCUUUAGAGGGAAUUCAGGGAAACAAUAACACGAGGAGGAGCUUGAGAAAAUACAAGGGACCGUGCUUGGCGACGAACCCAAUCGAUCGUUGCUGGCGUUGCGACCAAAAUUGGGCCAACAACCGUAAGAAACUUGGCUAUUGUGUUCUUGGUUUUGGCCGAAAAACCACUGGGGGAUUAAGAGGACGUUUCUAUACUGUCACCGAUGCUUCGGACGCCGAUGUCGUAAACCCUAAACCCGGAACCCUCCGACAUGCUGUUGUUCAAAAGCGACCGUUGUGGAUUAUUUUUGGACGUAGCAUGAUCAUUAGGCUAUCUAAAGAACUGUUGGUGACUAGCGAUAAGACCAUUGAUGCUCGUGGUGCCAAUGUGCAUAUUGCUUAUGGUGCUGGUAUUAGCAUUCAAUUCACCCGGAAUGUGAUCAUCCAUGGUCUUCACAUCCACCACAUUCUUUCGGCCUCUGGCGGUAUGAUCCGAGACGCCGACGACCAUGUCGGCCUUCGAACAGUCAGUGAUGGUGAUGGCAUAUCCAUCUUUGGAUCAUCCAAUGUCUGGCUCGAUCAUCUCUCCAUGUCCAACUGCCAGGACGGCCUCAUCGACGCCAUCCAAGGCUCCACGGCUAUCACUGUCUCAAACUCUCAUUUCACUCAUCACAACGACGUGAUGCUGUUUGGUGCGAGUGAUUCAUUUCAAGGCGACUCGAUCAUGCAAGUGACUGUCGCUUUCAACCAUUUUGGUAAGGGAUUGGUGCAGAGGAUGCCGCGCUGCAGAUGGGGCUUCUUCCAUGUUGUCAACAACGAUUACACUCACUGGCUCAUGUAUGCCAUUGGUGGCAGCCAACAUCCCACCAUUAUCAGUCAGGGGAAUCGUUUCAUUGCCCCACCUAACCCUGCUGCAAAACAGAUUACGAACAGAAACUACGCAACAGAGAGUAUAUGGAAAACAUGGACAUGGAGAUCGGAAGGGGAUUUGUUGAUGAAUGGAGCGUAUUUUGUUGAGUCUGGGGAUCCAAGCAAGCGAAGGCCAUACAGCAGGUUCGACAUGAUAAAGGCUAGGCCUGGCACUUUUGUUAGGAGGCUGACGCGUUUCUCUGGCUCGCUCAACUGUUAUGUUGGUCGCCCAUGCUAAAAGCAACAGCCAACAACCAAAACUCAUUUAUUUUGAUCUUUUCUUCAAUGAAGAACAAGAACAAGUUGAUGGGUGAGAGAGCAGCGAAAAUGGAGAACUUGACAAAACCAGCAGAGGGAAUUAAAAGUGGAAGGCCUGAAGAAGACGAACAACUUUAUUUCAUUCUUUUGUGUUUAUAACAUUUAUUUGUAGCGAUUGUUUGUAUUCCCUUUUCUUUGGUUAUCAAUGAAAAAAAUCCAUUUCUUUUAUAAAUAUUGAGAAUCGUUGCAAAUAUCUAUUUUUAGCGGCAAAUUGUUGCAAAUUCCAUCGUCCUUCCAAUGGGUUCUCGUCGGAAUCGGUAACAGAACCCUAAACAUGCCGACCACCACCUCCUCUGCUUUGGCUGCCGGCGCGAUCCUCUUUCUGUUCAUCAUCGUUUCCGCCGCCUCGGCUCCGAUCCUGUUGAUUAUGGACCGGCGUUGUCUGGCGAUGGGGUUCUUCCUAGAGGAGAGUUUCAUCCUUUGGCGACGUUGCACGUCCGGCCUAAGUCCCAGAAGGCGCUGCUUGUCGCCUACACACUUGGCUUGGAGCUCGAUGUUCUUAACUCUGUGGCUGCACAUGGUGGUGAUAGAAAUAAGCUAGACAAAGUGCUGUCUACAAUGUCGCAUUUCGACGUCGAGAUGGCUUUGUAUUAUGUAAGAUCUUCAGAUC